GCCACGGGCAGGCGGCGCAGAAGCGGGUCGGUCUGUACUCCCCGCUCCUCGCCACACACACACCGAGAGGAUGAGGCUCACCGUGGGUGCCCUGCUGGCCUGCGCUGCCCUGGGGCUGUGUCUGGCUGUCCCUGACAAAACGGUCAAAUGGUGCGCAGUGUCAGAGCACGAGAAUACCAAGUGCAUCAGCUUCCGUGACCACAUGAAGACCGUCCUUCCGCCUGAUGGCCCCCGGCUUGCCUGUGUGAAGAAAACCUCCUAUCCGGAUUGCAUCAAGGCCAUUUCUGCAAGUGAAGCCGAUGCUAUGACCUUGGAUGGGGGUUGGGUGUACGAUGCCGGCCUGACUCCGAACAACCUGAAGCCCGUGGCGGCGGAGUUUUAUGGAUCAGUGGAACAUCCACAGACCUACUACUACGCUGUGGCUGUGGUAAAGAAGGGAACAGACUUCCAGCUGAACCAGCUCGAAGGCAAGAAGUCCUGCCACACAGGCCUGGGAAGGUCUGCAGGCUGGGUCAUCCCCAUUGGCUUGCUCUUCUGUAAGCUGUCGGAGCCCCGCAGUCCUCUUGAGAAAGCUGUGUCCAGUUUCUUCUCGGGCAGUUGUGUCCCCUGUGCAGAUCCAGUGGCCUUCCCCAAACUGUGUCAACUGUGCCCAGGCUGUGGCUGCUCCUCCACUCAACCAUUCUUUGGCUACGUAGGCGCAUUCAAGUGUCUGAAAGAUGGCGGUGGGGAUGUGGCCUUUGUCAAGCACACAACCAUAUUUGAGGUCUUGCCGGAGAAGGCUGACAGGGACCAAUAUGAACUGCUCUGCCUUGACAAUACCCGCAAGCCAGUGGAUCAGUAUGAGGAUUGCUACCUGGCUCGGAUCCCUUCUCAUGCUGUUGUGGCUCGAAAAAACAAUGGCAAGGAAGACUUGAUCUGGGAGAUUCUCAAAGUGGCACAGGAACACUUUGGCAAAGGCAAAUCAAAAGACUUCCAACUGUUCAGCUCUCCUCUUGGGAAAGACCUGCUGUUUAAAGAUUCUGCCUUUGGGCUGUUAAGGGUCCCCCCAAGGAUGGACUACAGGCUGUACCUUGGCCAUAACUAUGUCACUGCCAUUCGGAAUCAGCAGGAAGGCGUGUGCCCGGAGGGCUCGAUCGACAACUCGCCAGUGAAGUGGUGUGCACUGAGUCACCUGGAGAGAACCAAGUGUGACGAGUGGAGCAUCAUCAGUGAGGGAAAGAUAGAGUGUGAGUCAGCAGAGACCACUGAGGACUGCAUUGAAAAGAUUGUGAACGGAGAAGCGGACGCCAUGACUUUGGAUGGAGGACAUGCCUACAUUGCAGGCCAGUGUGGUCUAGUGCCUGUCAUGGCAGAGUACUACGAGAGCUCUAAUUGUGCCAUCCCAUCACAACAAGGUAUCUUUCCUAAAGGGUAUUAUGCCGUGGCUGUGGUGAAGGCAUCGGACACUAGCAUCACCUGGAACAACCUGAAAGGCAAGAAGUCCUGCCACACUGGGGUAGACAGAACCGCUGGUUGGAACAUCCCUAUGGGCAUGCUGUACAACAGGAUCAACCACUGCAAAUUCGAUGAAUUUUUCAGUCAAGGCUGCGCUCCCGGGUAUGAGAAGAAUUCCACCCUCUGUGACCUGUGUAUUGGCCCACUCAAAUGUGCUCCGAACAACAAAGAGGAAUAUAAUGGUUACACAGGGGCUUUCAGGUGUCUCGUUGAGAAAGGAGAUGUAGCCUUUGUGAAACACCAGACUGUCCUGGAUAACACCGAAGGAAAGAACCCUGCCGAAUGGGCUAAGAAUCUGAAGCAGGAAGACUUCGAGUUGCUCUGCCCUGAUGGCACCAGGAAGCCUGUGAAAGAUUUUGCCAGCUGCCACCUGGCCCAAGCUCCAAACCAUGUUGUGGUCUCACGAAAAGAGAAGGCAGCCCGGGUUAAGGCUGUACUGACUAGCCAGGAGACUUUAUUUGGGGGAAGUGACUGCACCGGCAAUUUCUGUUUGUUCAAGUCCACCACCAAGGACCUUCUGUUCAGGGAUGACACCAAAUGUUUCGUUAAACUUCCAGAGGGUACCACACCUGAAAAAUACUUAGGAGCGGAGUACAUGCAAUCUGUCGGUAACAUGAGGAAGUGCUCAACCUCACGACUCCUGGAAGCCUGCACUUUCCACAAACAUUAAAAUCCAAGAGGUGGGUUGCCACUGUGGUGGAGACAGAUGCUCCCUCCCGUGGCCCAUGGGCUUCUCUUGGUCUUCAUGCCCUGAGGGGUUGGGGCUAACUGGUGUAGUCUUCGCUGCUGUGCCUUACCACAUACACAGAGCACAAAAUAAAAACGACUGCUGACUUUA